AUGGAAGAUUCAUCGUUUGAAUACCCCAGCGACAUUCUCUACACACAGGAGCCUCUCUCGGGAUACAAGUUUGGCGGAUACCAUCCCGUCCGCAUCGGCGAUACUUUCAAAGAUAAUCGCUACACUAUACAUCACAAGCUCGCGUGGGGAGGAUUCUCCACCGUCUGGCUUGCCCAUGACAAUCUGCGACACCGAUGGGUCUCGUUGAAGAUCAAAACCGCAGACACUUCGUACAGUUCUCAAGAACUCCAAAACCUCCAGCAGCUGGAGAAGAUCGCCGCUCCAGACGAUCUCUCGUCCAAGUACAUCCUCCACCUGCUAGACGCUUUCAUUCAGCCAGGCCCCAACGGCAUCCACCAAUGUCUUGUGUUUGAGCUGAUCGGUCCUACCAUCGAUCGCAUCAUCACUGACUACCGCGAGCUUUCGGAUUCCCUCGAUCCACAGACCAUUCUUCGCUUGUCGAGGCAGCUCCUCAAAGCCAUUGAAUUGGUCCAUAAUGCGGGGGUGGGGCAGAUAGACAUCAGCGGCAGAAACAUCGUCUUCAGCGGUAGGAAUCUAUCCUAUGCAUCGGAAAAGAUCAUCUUUGCGGUCUUUGGCUCGCCCGAGCACGAACCAGUGACCCACCUCGAUGGUACUCCGCUGCACAAAGGCUUCCCAGCGGCACUUUUCGGACCGGUGAGUUGGGAGGACUGGCUAGAAGAGUUUGCUGAGGAGCUUCGCAUCUUCGACCUUGGAGAAGGGUUUGCGCAGGAAGAGAAGUCGCGGAUACUCGCGCAACCAGGCCCUUCGCGGGCUCCAGAGUUGAUCUUCACCGGAAGGUCUGAUCACAGGACUGACCUGUGGCAUACGGGUUGCAUGCUAUUCUUUUUCGUCUUCGGGACAUACCCUUUUGACUCCGAUGUAGAGGAUAUGGUAGUGGUCGAGCAGAUGAUUGACCUUCUGGGGGAGUUACCUCAGGAAUGGCAAGCUACCUGGGACCGCAUGCGAGAAGAAGCAGGAGAUAUGAUGGAUUUCCAAGGAGAUGAGGUAUUCACUCUGGAGGACCGCUUCGAUAAAGAAGUGGCUGAGCCAGAGCUUGCUCCUCUUGUACCGAUCAUCCGAGCAUUGCUGGAAUUCCGGCCUUCGGAGCGCAUUACAGCUCCUCAAGCUCUUGGUCUUUUGGGGGCUCAGGGUCAAUGA